UAUUAACAUCCCCGCGUUUAUAGUCCAACCUUUCAUCUACACGUCAUAUAAUUAUUUCUGUAUUAUGUUCGACAACGUGAAUGCUGCAAGUGGGCAUGUAGAUGGUGGGGGUUGCAGAAAUGUUAACGAGAUUUUGUACGAUAGAUGAACCUGCAGAGGGACCUGUAUCAGGUUCUCCGCAGGUGCGGUUAUACUGAUCAUGAAGAAUAUGCUUAUAUCUGAGAGUCAAAUAAUUUUAUUUUGGGGAUCAAUCAUGUUUUGAGCAAGUGCUGUGCUACUAAAAUUGAUUCGAGCCGAUAAGCUCUUCCUCUUGUAUAUUGUCAGGGUUAAUCCAAUCGCCCACAUCCUUUGAUAUAUCCAGAUAUUUGAAGUCUUACUUGGUUAUAUUGCAAAGACGAAUACUUCUCUUCUUUGUGUCUUUGAUAAUCUUCAAUCUUCAACCCUCAAGUUUCAAGCUUCAACCUCUGGCUUUCAAUCUUAAACAUCCAAUCUUCCAAAAAAAAUUCUUUCUUUAUCCACAUACGGUCUACACACUAUGUCAGCUUCAUACACUCCCAAAGCAAUCCACUACGAAGAAGGUCUCGAAGACCAAGAAUUCCAAUCAGAGAAAGGUGACAACGAUGAUAACUCCAAAACAGACGAAGAAGAAUCAUUUUUCGAGCGGUCAAAAUUUCCCUCUCACCAAAAACAACACAGCCACAAGCAAAAAGUCUACUUGGUAGCCGCGUUCGCUAUCCUCAUUUGCAUCGCAUCCAUCACAUUUGGGACAUACUCCACCAUGCGCUUUCAAGCCUUGAAACACAACUGCCACGCCGGGGAUCAAUAUCCUCAACACAAAUCACCAACAAAUCUAGAACAGCACACUCACUCAAACCACGGAUCAGAAAACCACGAACACGAACACAAGCACGAGCACGAGCAUCAAAACUCCCCAACUCCAUCCACCCAACCAAGCACAAACAACAACCCCACAAACCCCACCCUCGACUGCGGCACCACCGAAACCACCGCCAAAGCCGCAAACUGCACCUUCAACCUCAUGUCCUUCUCCUACAUCCCCACCGGCUGCACCGACACCACCCUCCUCCCGCAAUUCACCAAUUCCCACGCGACACUCCCCCCAGACUCAGCCGGUACAUUCCCCUGGUACCGGUGGUCCAACCGCACAGAGCCCGUUCCGCAGGAUGCAGAACAACUUAGUAAAUACCCAUUCAUCUGGACAACGCACGAAUGGCAUAUCGCGCACUGUUUGUAUAAUUGGGCAUUGACUAGUGCGGCGAUUGGGAGGGUUCUUGCAGGGGAGAGGAAUGUGUGGGUUUUGGGGGAUGCGGUGGAGGGGGCGCAUAUUGCGCAUUGUAAUGGGUUGGUUUCGGAUAGGGUUACGAGUGGGUUGACGCCGCUGAGGGCGUUUAGGGCGAUUGGAAGGUGUGUUAGGUUGGAUGUUGAUGGGGGUGCUUUGGGGAGCUCGAGGAAUUCUUAUGCGGGUCAUGGGAGUCAUGGGGGUCAUGAUUGAUGGGGUUGUGCUUAUGUUUUUUAUUUGCUGUGGAA